UGGACACUUGCCUUCCCUCCAGCCACUACUAAUAACCACAGGAGUAACUUGUCACCUCCUCUGCUGGCAGGUGAUGGCUGCUGUUCUAAGAGGUCUGCCAGGAUGGGAGGAUAGACUAGCAGCAGGACAUUAUCGUCAGUAAAAGGGUCCCAUCAUAUAGUCUGAAGUGGCCUUCGGCAAAAAAAAGACACAAAAAGGGUCUAUUUGGUUGUGUAUGGCUAAGUACAAGUGGGGAACCUCGAGAGGUUAUCGCCACAAGGGGCUGCGGUGACAGUGUCCGUGGAAGCGAAGGGGACCGGGCACACUCCAACAGCUGGUCAACCGUGCGCAGGUGCCGGAACACCGCGCACCUGCAGACGGGGAAGGGCCUGGCCGGGCCGGAGCUUCCACCACUUUAGAGAAGCGCCGGCGGGGCUGAGGCGAGCGGACGAGAUGGAGUUCACCGCGCCGGCAGCACCCCGGGGCGGCCCGGCCCGGCCCCCCGUACCCAGCGUCGGCGGAGCGGGGCCGCACCGGGCCAUGGCGGAGCUUGGCUGGCCCCGUGCCGCCCGUGGGGGACGCGCCGGGGCGGGCGGGCGCGCCCUACCCGGGCCAGAGGCAGAGGGGCCGCGGGGAAGCCGCGCUGUGCCGGGGUCGCCGGAGCGCCGCCGCUGCCUGUACCUGCACACGGGCCGGGGUGAGCGUGGCCUGCGGGAGCCGCUCCCUCCGUCCUGCGGAGCGCAGCCGUCUGGCCCGGCUCCCUCUCGGGUGCUGCUCUGUGGCCGCAGACUCACCUCGGCUUCCCCUCCAGCCUGCUGCCAGGUGGUGGAGGUCCUGCUCGCCGCCCUGAUCCUGGUCUGCAGCUCCGUGUCCUGUGGCUCGGCGGGAGGAUACACCGGCCUCCCCGCCCUGGGGGGCAUCUACUACUACCAGUACGGCGGGGCCUACAGCGGCUUCAGCGGAGCGGAUGGGGAGCGAGCCCAGCAGCUCGACCAACAUUUCUACCUACUGAAGCUGCCCACUGCAAGGGCAGCGAUGGCCGUGGGAGGGUGUCUCCUGGUCUUCCCUUGUGUUCUUAUUUUGGUUGGUGUUCUGCGGGUAUCGUGGCACUUCCCAGCAUGGCUGCUAAUUGAAUGCGCCCUGUACAUAGUGAUUGCAGUUGGCACAGUGCCUGCGCUGUACUUUUUCCUCCAUUCUCUGCUGAGCGUUUAUAAUUCACCAGUGUGCAAAGAGAGAGAGCAGCUCUAUCAAAGCAGAGGCUAUCAGGGCUUCUGGUGCAGCCUACAUGGGGCAGAGAUUGCUGCUGGCCUCUUGGGUUGCAUGGUUGCUAUGGCAUACCUGCUCAGUGCAGGCCUAGCUGUCAGAGAUUACAGGACACUUCAUGAACAGAAACAGAAGCCUGUGCACCUAUAAGAACUUCCAAAUGAUUCCUCUACUCCAGUAAUGGUCUUGAUUUUUGCCAGUCUCCUUACUGAGAUGAAGUAGUAUGCUUUCCUUUCUUCUGGACAGUGCAGCCUUAAUGCUACAGAACACUCACCAAGUUGGCACAGAUGUAAAUAUGGUAGAGUCAGGCCAUUCCUAACUUGAAUUUGCAUUAUUGAAUUAUUAGUGGCUCAAAGUUGAUGCAAUGGGCUGUCUCCUUCACAGGCAGCCCUUCCAUCCCACUCUCAGGUGUCCACUUCUCCAGUGAGGCCUUGCUACAAGUACUGCCACUACAUGCUUCUGCCAAUGAACAGCUUUUUGUAGCUGAAACUGUGUUUACAAAAGGCGUAUGACUUUGCUGAGAAAAGAGCUCUUAAAAACAAGUGAUUGAGGCCCAUGGUUGUGACAGAUAAAUAUUGCUUCCUGGUAGGUCUCUUGGAAUUACCAGACCAGUGUGAACAUGACAUUUAUAAGGCCAUGAAAAAAUCCUGAAAAACCUCACAAACUCAGUCUAACUUGUGGUACAAUGACUUUUCAAACUCCUGGAGAGGGCGCAUUUUUAUAUGAAAUGGUCUUUUUAUAUAACAUAUAUACAAGAGUCUUGCUUAAAAAGAUGCCCUAAAUUGGAAUAAUCAGACAAAAACUUCAUGAGAUCAAAUGGGUGAUUGAAUAUAGAAGUAUAUUGUUUUUUAAAUACAUUUUCAAUGUACAAGUUGGAGAAAUGAGAUACUUUUUU